AUGUGGUUGGCAGAGUUCAGGCACCAUCGGUUGCCUGCACACCUAUCAAAUCGGCGAGGAACCGCAACCAUCGCCGCCCGCCGUGUUCUUUUCAUGUGGAUGUUAUGUUCCUACUGGCAAUUCACAGUGGCGACCAGCCAGAACUUCAACCCAACUGUUAACACCCAGUUUGGGAAGCUGAGGGGCCUCCGGGUUGCAGUGCCAGGUGAGGUCCUUAAACCCAUUGACCAGUACCUUGGGGUGCCGUACGCUGCCCCUCCCAUUGGGGAGAAGCGCUUCAUGCCCCCAGAGCAGCCCUCCUCCUGGUCAGGGAUCAAGAAUGCUACCCACUUCACACCAGUGUGCCCUCAGAACAUCCGCAACACAGUGCCUGAGAUCAUGAUGCCCAUAUGGUUCACCUAUAACCUGGACACAGUGGCCAAUUACAUUCAGGAUCAGAACGAGGACUGUUUGUAUUUAAACAUCUAUGUUCCAACAGAGGAUGGGAGCCAAAUCAAGAGUCAAGGAGCGGAUUUCUCUCACAGUGACAGUGAAGACAUUCGGGACACUGAGGCUAGGCCCGUGAUGGUCUACAUCCAUGGAGGAUCAUACAUGGAGGGGACAGGGAACAUGAUUGAUGGGAGUGUGCUGGCCAGCUAUGGGAAUGUCAUCGUCAUCACUCUCAACUACAGGGUCGGAGUACUAGGGUUCCUCAGUACAGGUGACCAGGCAGCUAAAGGGAACUAUGGACUCCUGGACCAGAUCCAAGCCCUGCGUUGGAUCAGCAAGAACAUCGGCUAUUUUGGAGGAGACUCUGGUCGCAUCACUGUCUUUGGAUCUGGAAUUGGAGCCUCCUGCGUCAGCCUGCUCACACUGUCCCACCAUUCUGAGGGCCUGUUUCACAGAGCCAUCAUCCAAAGUGGCUCAGCCCUGUCCAGCUGGGCCGUCAACUACCAGCCUGUCAAGUACACCCGCAUGCUUGCUGAGAGGGUGGGCUGCAACGUGCUGGACACCCUGGACAUGGUGUCCUGCCUGCAGAAGAAGAGUGCCAGAGAGCUGGUGGAGCAGGACAUCCAGCCAGCCCGCUACCACGUAGCCUUCGGCCCCGUCAUUGAUGGUGACGUCAUCCCCGACGACCCCGAGAUCCUGAUGGAGCAGGGCGAGUUCCUCAACUAUGACAUCAUGCUGGGCGUCAACCAGGGGGAGGGGCUGCGUUUCGUGGAGAAUGUGGUGGACCUGGAGGAUGGCGUGUCCGGCAGCGACUUUGAUUUUGCCGUGUCGGACUUCGUGGACAGCCUGUAUGGCUACCCGGAGGGGAAGGACACUCUGAGGGAGACCAUCAAGUUCAUGUACACGGACUGGGCUGACAGGGACAACCCAGACACCAGGAGGAAGACGUUAGUCGCUCUGUUCACUGACCACCAGUGGGUGGAGCCCUCGGUGGUGACGGCUGACCUGCACGCCCGCUACGGCUCGCCCACAUACUUCUACGCAUUCUACCACCACUGCCAGAGCCUGAUGAAGCCUGUGUGGUCGGACUCGGCCCACGGGGACGAGGUGCCCUAUGUGUUUGGCAUCCCCAUGGUGGGAGCCACUGACCUGUUCCCCUGCAACUUCUCCAGGAACGACAUCAUGCUCAGCGCUGUGGUGAUGACUUACUGGACCAACUUCGCCAAGAGUGGUGACCCCAACAAGCCAGUGCCCCAGGACACUAAGUUCAUCCAUACCAAGGCCAACCGCUUUGAGGAGGUGGCCUGGUCCAAGUACAACCCCCAUGACCAGCUGUACCUGCACAUCGGCCUGAAGCCUCGCGUCCGCGACCACUACCGCGCCACCAAGGUAGCCUUCUGGAAGCACCUGGUGCCCCACCUGUAUAACCUCCAUGACAUGUUCCAUUACACCUCCACCACCACCAAGGUCCCUCCCCAGGACUCCACCAACUCCAACGGCAAGAGAACCGGCACCACCAAGCGUCCACCUGUCUCCACGGCCCACAGCAGUGAUGGGGAGGAGACGGGUCCUCUGAUCGUGGCUAACCCCAGAGAUUACUCCACUGAGCUGAGUGUCACCAUCGCUGUGGGUGCCUCGCUGCUGUUCCUCAAUGUGCUGGCCUUUGCCGCGCUCUAUUACCGUAAGGACAAGCGCAGCCGGCAGGAUGGCCACGGUGGCCCCCACCAGGCCAGCCCCCAGCGGCAGAGCAAUGGCAACGACGUGAGCCACACCACCACCGACGAGAGCCUGUCCCAUCAGAUGACCCAGUGCAGCCAGAUGAACCAGUGUGACACCCUGCAUGACCUUCACGACCUCCCUGACCUACACGACCCCCUGCACCUCUCCCCCAACAUGGACUACACCCUGACCCUGCGCCGCUCACCAGACGACAUCCCCCUGAUGACGCCAAACAACAUCACAAUGAUCCCCAACUCCCUGAUGGGCCUGCCCAACAUGCACCCCUACAGCACCUUCCCAGCCGGGUACAACUCCACCGUCCUGCCCCACUCCCACUCCACCACCCGGGUCUAGACCUAGCCUGGGACAGAAGAUAUACAGACCACAGUCGACAGUGAUUGUAGAGGUGAGCUGAGCUGAGGGGCGAGCUGUGCUGUGCUGUACAUUAAUUAAUACAAAGCAGUAGUUGGGUUGGGAUGCGUGGGUAAGAUAAGUUUGAGUUUAUGUUCAUACUGCAAGAGCCAUGCAAAGCUUUUCCUGGUCAAAGGGUGCAGAAUCGCCGCCAAUAUACUACUGCCUCCUCUCCUCAUAGAGGGAGGUCUAUAAGCAGUGUCAUUUUUUUAAUCAUCAAUUUCAAGACUUUUGUGAGCUGGUUAAAAUGAGAAGUGCUUUUUAUUUCCCAUUGUCUUUUGAUGGUAACAUUUUUGGGAACAUUCUCUUGUACGACCUCAGCAUAAUGUUUGUACAGUUGGAUUUGUACGGGAAGCUUUUUUCUUCCUAUGAUAUCUGUUUUGAUCUUCAACAAUUCUGUGUGGAACAAGUGUCAUCUGGACUCAUCACUGACUGAAAUAACAUUUGUAAAAAGCAGAAAAUCAGUGUUAUUAAGCAAUUUUAUACAUAUUCCUCAUGUUAAACUCAACUUAAAAGGGUCUUUUUUACUGACUAAAGAAUUGCAGAAAUACUAUGUUACUGUGAUCAUUUGAACCUUUACUACAACAUUGAUUACAAUUUGUAGUAAAAGUAUCACAUUUAUCCAACAAUAUUUCUAUUUGAAUAUGAACAAUAUAUCACCCCUAUAUACAGUAUGU